AUGGAAACAUCAACGGAAAGGAAAUUAAAAACACACAGUGAUGAUAGCGAGCAUUUUGAGCAAAGUGAUAAUAGUAAGCAACAUGAACAAGACAAUCUAUCAGUAAAACGAGAAGAAUAUGAAUCUGAACAGCCUGAACAGCAUGAACAACCUGAGCAACAUGAACAACAUGAACGGAACCUAAAAUCGGAAUACGCAAAAAACGGCUUCGAAAACAACGUGGAAAAAGAGAUUCAUGCUUCUUUCGGAAAUACAACGACUAAUGAGAAUGAAGAACGAAAUAAAGGCAUUACCAGGAUUGUAAAUGAAAAACAAAAAGAAGAUAAUAUACCGUUAAAUUCAUUAGAGAAUGAAAAAAAUAGUAAAAUUAUUAUUUCAAGUACAUGUGACGAUUAUCUAGCAGAUAAGAAGCUAUUGUACAAUGUAAAGUUAAAAAGCAAAAAAAUUGAGCAAAAAAGUGGAAGUAAAUUAUUUGAAGUGGAAAAUAUAUCAGACUAUAUAAAAAAAGAAGAUAUUCAUAUGAACAGAAGUAGAAAAUUAACAAAGGAAAACUUAAAACUAAACAUGAGAGAUUUUUUUUUUACCUCACAAGAAAAAGAUGUUUAUGAAUAUGUUCCAGAUACAUCUAGUUAUACAUUAUGUCAUAAUGAUCCAAAUGAAUUAUACAAAGAUGUAGUUACGAUGAAUAAGCAUUUUUUAGAUGAAAUAAAUGUUAAUAUAUAUUCCUCUCCUUUAGAUACGUACCUAUCAAGUAUGUUAACAACAGCAGAUAAUUCUAAAGUUAAACAAAAUAAAAAUUCGUUGGAAUAUGGGUCCGAAAUAAUGAAUAAUAAAUAUGGAAUAACAGACGAAAAUAAAAGCCUCAUUUUAGACGAAACAUGCACUAAUAAAGCUAUAUAUUCUUACGAAUUUUAUAAAAAUAAAAUUUUUAAGCACUACAAUAAUAACGGUAUUGUUGUAGAUGUUGAUCCUUCGAAAUUAAGGUAUAACAAUUCGAGUAAGUAUGAGUAUAACCAGAACAUGCAUAGCUAUUUAGACGAUCCUUUAUCUUAUUUACAAAAGUUAAAAUGUGAAGUGGAGGAUAUUAUAUUAUAUAUUAACGACAUAACAAGAAUGCGAAAAGAACAAACAAACCCCAUAAACAUAAAUAAUAAACUAGAUGACGAAGAGCUAGCAGAACAUGAAAAAAUACUUAAACAAAUUUUACAUAAUAGGGAAGCACCCGAAAUACUAAUGGAACUGUUUUCUUUAAAAAACGAUAUAAGCAAUAUGUUAAAUGAUGAUACGCUUAAAAAACUAUUUAAAACGGAAAAAGACGAAAGAGUAUCUAUGGAAAAAUAUGCCACUACCUAUGAUUAUUGUAAAGACGCUAGGAUUCUUUUCGAAACAUUGAAGCGUUGGCAGGAUAAUAAUUUAAAUUGGGAUGAUGAAGAUAAGCGGAAUAAUGAAGAUACAAAAAAAGGGGAUAAUCUUAGGGUUUCCAAUUCCGAACAAUUUGAUAUAUAUACUCUUACAAAUGCGCAGGAAAAAGAUGUUCAGGUAACGGAUUUAUUAAUGCUAGAAAGAAAAAUUUCAAAUAUUGAAAAGGUUUUAGGUAUUGAUAAAAUAUCUAUGCUUCCAUAUGAUGAUCUUAACCAUGCUAUUUUAGAUUUAUAUAAUAAACUAAGUUUGUUAGAUUCAAAUAAAUUAGAGAGCGUAAAAAAAAAGAUGCAAAAUCUUCAGUCCGAAUUUCUAAACCUAAAAAAAUUUAAAAAAGAUCUCCUGAACAUAUCAAAAGAACGAGGAAAUUAUGAAGAAUCAAUUGAUGAACUUUUUAAGAUCUUAGAUAUAUGGAAAAAAACCCAUCACAUAAUUCCUAAUAUUUUAACCAGACUUCAUCAAUUGAAAAAAAUACAUGAUAACGCACAAUCGUUCUCCUCAAGGAUAGAAGAAAAGCAACAAGCGAAGCUAGACGAGACACUGAAUUUGGCAGAGAAAAAUAUUAAAUUACUGAACUGUAAAAUUGAUGAAAAUGUUAAUUUGCUUCAAGACACAUUAAAAAAAAUACAAUCAGAAGUUUCCCCUUCAAAUAAUAAUUAA